ACGUGUCACCUGUCACCACAGACCCAUUAAUGGAGUUUACCCACGGAGGCGAUAAGACCCAAUUUUGGUGACUCUGCUAUUGUAAUUCCUCACUUUAAAAUUGACGUCACUUCCAUUUGGUGCGGAGAUACCGUUCGACUUGGUGUAACUCAGUUUGAGAGUACAGAGUCUAAAACAAGGUGGAUUGUUUUGUCCUGGAGGGAUAAACUCAUGGAUUCGGACCAAUUAGUACCUCAACAGUUUACCCAAGGUGUGAUUUUGUAAUCCAGGAGUACCGAAGUGCUCUUAAUCCAUUAUUAAGUUAAAUAGAAAGUUGAAUUAUUUCAAAGGGGAAAAGUUAAAUUCCAACACACACUGAGACUAGGACGAUAGUAGAGAGGAAGAAAGAUCGUCUGCUACCGAGUACGUUACCGAGGAUUAUAGCGCGUCGUUCUUUGAUUCAACUUCUAGACAAACGACUGUUGUAAAAGACACUUUCAGGGUCAAGUCACAGUGGAAAAUUAUUGAAUUAAAUAGGCAAGAGGAAUUACCUACAAUACAGAGGAGGAUCAACAUGCUGAACUGAGAGUCACCUGCCACAUAGUUGAGUGAAGGAUCACAAGUAAUUUUUACCACGGUAUUACAAUGUCUGAGCUAACGGUGUAUCUUCUCACGGCACUGGUCUUAGGGAUGCUGCACACGUGUACCGGACAAGGAGCCAUCUCAUUCAUAGGUACGCCAUAUUUUGCCCGAGUGUACCCAGGAGCGCCUGCGGGAACCCACGUGAUCACCGUAACAGCAGUGCCAUCUAGCGGCAUCACAACCGGGCAACCGAUACGCUACUAUAUUUCGAAUAACGCUAACAAAUAUUUCUCUAUAGACCAUACCAGUGGAAAAAUCGAGGUGAAGAAAUCAUACUCUACUUCAAAGGGACAGCAGUUCAUUUUCGACGUAAUUGCCAGACAAGGAUCCAAGAUAGGACAGACAAGAGUUUCUGUAGAGAUAUCAGAAGAGAAUAAAUAUCCCCCAGUUUUUUCUCGUCCGUCUUACAACACUGUCGUAUGGCGACGAAGUAGCGUCGGAACAACGAUUCUGAUUGUCAGUACGUCGGACAAUGAUACGGCGCCGUACAACCGACUCGUAAGGUACAGCGUCAAUGCGACAAGCAGUGACUCUUCAUAUUUUUCGAUCGACCCCAGAAGCGGAAAGGUUAAUCUCAGACAGCAGCUGCCGCAGGCACAAAGUGUGACACAAAUAAAGGCCACUAUAGUCGCUACAGACCCAGGUGUGCCUGAAAUGACAGCUUCUGUAACGCUGUCAGUGAAUAUUUCUUUAAUAUCAGAACCAACACAACUGGAAACAAAAUUUUCAAAUGAGACAACAGUAUUGUUGUGUUGGCGCGAGCCAGCGCAUGGUUCACAAAUCAAAGGCUAUCUGGUGGAAUAUUGGCCAAUUGAAAGCUACGCUGCCAGGAGGUCUGAGACUGUAAGGGCGGACAAAUUUUCCUCUCUCUACUGCACGACGGUGGGAAAUCUGACAUCUUGGGACGUGUAUCAUUUUCAAGUAUCAGCAUAUAACGAUGAUGGCUACGGUGUUCCAAGCGUGAUUCCAAAUGUUCCGACUGUUCCACGAGGUGUGUGUGGCCUCAAGCCCUGUCGUAACGAGGGUACCUGCGUCCCUGUCAGACAGCGUCCGGGAUUCAAAUGCCAAUGCAAAGAAGGUUAUUAUGGGAGGAUUUGCGAAAGGAAAACAGCAUGUGCCUCACAGCCUUGUCUAAAUAACGGCCAAUGUGUCCCUUUGAACUUGCGAGGGCCGACUUUGGGCGCUUCUAUUACGGCAGCUUUUAUCCUUUCAUACAGAUGCCGAUGUCCGCCCGGGACGUCCGGCAAAAACUGUGAACACGUAGCUGCAUGUUUUUCUAAUCCCUGCCAAAACCUUGGCUCUUGUAUAAAUCUGAAAAGCAACAAAUCCUAUGCAUGGUCCAUUGCUCAAACAUGCGAUGAAAACGCAGAGUGUGUUUCAAACACAGGGUUAUUCCUCAACAACCAUCUGUUGGGGAACGGGAUCCUGUGUUCCUUUUUAUUUAGCUCGUGCCAGUCGAAUCCCGCACAGACACCAACAACAGGUUGUACUUGUGUAUGUAGAAACGGAUUUACUGGGGACGGAACUACGUGUACAGAUGUCGACGAAUGUGCCAAUUCCCCUUGUCCAAACCAACAAUGUAUCAACACUAUAGGCAGUUAUCAAUGUGUUGAUGAUAUAGACGAGUGUUCUCUGGAUAUCGAUAACUGCACAGAAAAUUCCACGUGUGCUAACACUGUGGGUAGCUAUAUAUGCACGUGCCUCAACGGUUUUACUGGUGAUGGCACAACGUGUGAGGAUAUAGACGAAUGUGCACUUAACAAUACAUCUACAUCACAGGACUUAAAUGAUCGUAGGCGAAGAUCUAUCGGUGAAACUCACGUCCUCAAAAAAUUAGAGCGUCGUGGACUUGUUAAAAGAAGGAAAAGACAAUUUAUCCAAUUUGGUUCAAUGGUACGUCAAAACUGGUGGCCAACAAUAAGGACAACUACAGUGGUACGUGUAAUUACAACCCCACCGCCUACAGCGAAAUCAACACAGGCAAUAAUUGCAGGUACAACAGCGACGUUUCCUCUGAAUACCAUUACAUCAAAUAACUGCAAUCAAAAUGCUUUAUGCACAAACACUGUGGGCAGUUUCACGUGCGCGUGCAAAGACGGAUUCACCGGCGACGGCACAGCGUGUGCCGAUGUAGACGAAUGUGCCCUAGCCACAGAAAUUUGCGCUGAGAAUGCCACAUGCGCCAACACCGUGGGCAGUUUCACCUGCACCUGCCUAGCUGGUUUCACCGGCGACGGCACAGCGUGUGCCGAUGUAGACGAAUGUGCCCUAGCCACAGAUGAUUGCGCUGAGAAUGCCACAUGCGCCAACACCGUGGGCAGUUUCACCUGCACCUGCCUAGUUGGUUUCAGCGGCGACGGCACAAAUUGUGAUGAUAUCAGAACUUGCAUUGUUGGACCACCAGGAACAGAAUUUUGGUUCAGCACAAACGAUGGUACAAAAUGUUUGAAUUAUUUUACUCCUAAUGGCAACACUGGAAUCACCUUUGCCGCCGCCAGUACUUUUUGUACACAACAAGCGACGGGGGCCACUCUUGCCAUUAUACUAAACCAAGACGAGCAAAACAAGGCAGAAAGCCUUAUUCCAACCAGCUCAUCGUUAAUACUGCACUGGAUAGGACUUGAGAAGUUCACCACCGGUAGCUGGCAAUGGACAGAUGGCACGUCUUUAGGAUACAUAAACUGGGAUGGAAGUGGAGGGGGAACUGAUCCAACUAAUGCCGCUAAGAGCUGUGGGGCCAUUAACACUAAAAAUUUUCCUCUUGUUAAGUGGAAAGACCAAAGCUGCGAUGCCAGCGGAAAUGUCAUUUGUCAAGUCACUCAGUUCGAAAACCAAUGUUUCUCCAAUACUUGUGCUGAAAAUGCAACUUGCUCGAACACUGUGGACGGUUUCACCUGCACCUGCCUGGCUGGUUUCACCGGCAACGGAACAACGUGUGAUGAUAUAGAUGAAUGUGCCCUAGCCACAGAUGAUUGCGCUGAGAAUGCCACAUGCGCCAACACCGUGGGCAGUUUCACCUGCACCUGCCUGGCUGGUUUCACCGGCGACGGCACAGCGUGUGCCGAUGUAGACGAAUGUGCCUUAGCCACAGAUGAUUGCGCUGAGAAUGCCACAUGCGCCAACACCGUGGGCAGUUUCACCUGCACCUGCCUGGCUGGUUUCACCGGCGACGGCACAGCGUGUGCCGAUGUAGACGAAUGUGCCUUAGCCACAGAUGAUUGCGCUGAGAAUGCCACAUGCACCAACACCGUGGGCAGUUUCACGUGCACCUGCCACAUUGGUUUCAGCGGCGACGGCACAACUUGUGAUGAUAUCAGAACAUGCAUUUUGGGACCACCAGGAACAGAAUUUUGGUUCAGCACAAACGAUGGUACAAAAUGUUUGAAUUAUUUUACUCCUAAUGGCAACACUGGAAUCACCUUUGCCGCCGCCAGUACUUUUUGUACACAACAAGCGACGGGGGCCACUCUUGCCAUUAUACUAAACCAAGACGAGCAAAACAAGGCAGAAAGCCUUAUUCCAACCAGCUCAUCGUUAAUCCUGCACUGGAUAGGACUUGAGAAGUUCACCACCGGUAGCUGGCAAUGGACAGAUGGCACGUCUUUAGGAUACAUAAACUGGGAUGGAAGUGGAGGGGGAACUGAUCCAACCAAUGCCGCUAAGAGCUGUGGGGCCAUAAACACUAAAAACUUUCCUCUUGUUAAGUGGAAAGACCAAAGCUGCGAUGCCAGCGGAAAUGUCAUUUGUCAAGUAACAGCGUCUUUAUAGAAUUGGUCUUUUUAAAAAUAAUCAGGUUACAAGAUCGGUAGACAUUCAUUAUCUAUUUACUAACAUGUGUACACAAAUCAAUAUUCAAAAUUUGUAAUACACUUUGAUCAUAUCUUUUUGACAACAAAGCCCAUCAAGAAAAAAUGAAUACAUUUUCCUUUUUACUAAAUUUUCGGAAAAGUUUAAAAUAAGAAUUAAACUGCGAUGCUGUCGGAAAUGUCAUGUGUGAAGUUAGAACGGCUUUAUAGAAUCGAACAAAUAAUCAGAAUUCGAACUUCACUUUCUUUGAUAAGUUUCUUCAACAAGUAAUCUCCAGAAAGAAAAACGAGUAUUUUUGCUCUUAUUUCUACAGUUUGCCUAUCAUUUAUAAUUAUUUUGACAAAUACCGUAUAAUAUUACUGGAGCCUAACUAAAGACAUUAAAUGAGGAUAAUACGAAUAAUUUGACACAAAAAGGUGCCCCUCUUGAACAAUAAAGUUUGUUAGUUUCAAGGUGAAAUCUUUGGUUUCUUAGAAUAAGCUGGCUUACGAGUGUUUCGAAAAUCUUAAGACAUUUUUGAAGUCUUCGACUUUUGCAGGUACAAUAUUAAGACUACUUGAAAACUGUCAAAGUUCUAUUUAAAAAAUACUACAAUUUUAAUUGUAAAAGCAUACAAAAGAAUAAGUAAAAGAAUAAUUCAUUGAGGAAAACUGCAAAGCUCUCCAAAAUAUUCUUAAAUGCAACAACGGUA